CGGAAUUGUUUCCGUAAAACGAAGCCUGGAUGAAACUUAAUGGUCGUUUUGCAAACGGGAUGACGAGGCUGCGGUGCUGUUAUUACCUCAGAGAUCAGCAUCCACUGAGACAUACAUCUCCCUCUUUCUAGUUACAGUACUCUAUGGUUUAACAAAGGAACUUUAGGGCAACUUUCCCGCAACGGAGGACUUUGAGCCUGCAGAUGAAAAGGCUAGGGCACAGUGUAGACGUUUACCUGGAAAAAAAGUAAUCGACGUUACCUGGGGAGGAGUAGGUUGAGCAACAAAACCACGAGCUGAACAGGGGAGACGGGGGAUAGUUGCAGGGACUGUCAGGGGAUGGGGUAGGGGAGCAAGAGGAGAGAGAGCCAUGGUUCACAGCGGCUCUGCACAUCCAAUGCCAACAACACCAUCAGCAUCACCCCAUCUGACAGCUCCUGCUCCAGCACCACCUCUGCAAGCCCCACUUCCCCUAGCUCAGCCCCUUCCAAAUCCAACAGAUGAGAGCCUAACACAGACCCCUGACAAACUCCUUACCCCCGCCUUUACCUCGAACUCAGUCUCUAUUCAGUCCUCUAUCACAACCUCAUCCCAGACUCUAACCUUAACCUCAGCCAAGGCACAAAGCACUAACUGGAGCCCAACAUUAGACCAGUCUGGUACACACAUCCCAACCCCCUCUGAGAUCAUCAUCAAUGGGCGUUCUUCGGGUAGGAAGCGGACACCUAAAGUCUGUGACUGCUGCGGUCCAAACAGCAAAGGACACAAUGUCAAGACUCCACCAAUUAGAAUUGCUGGUGGGGGGGGCAGAGCAAGAGGAAGGGGUCGAGGGAUGGGGAGGGGGAGGGGGAGAGACGUCAGUGAGCAGCAGUUGAUAAGGAUCAAGAACUUUGAGGUGACAGAGGAGGAAGUGGACGAUGAUAGAUUUCGGGUAGCAGCAGUCGACCAUAAAGGUGUCAAAUUAGGACCCACCGCUGACCUACCAAUGCCAUUCCCCUUAAACGAAGCACUAAUUAAGGAAUGUGCUGCUGAGGAGAUGGUAGGCAUCCAGAAGAAUGAGGAGGUGAUGGAGGUUCAUGGUGGAACUGUGAUGAGGAAUUGGGAUGGCAGCGCCCGGGUAUUGGAAAUGAGGUUGGGUGGAACAAGGGGAAGGGGAGCAUCACUUGGGGAAUUCAAAAGAAGCGACAGGAAAGGAGUGGUAAGCGCUACUGGUAGCUCAGAUAUGGAGCUCAGAUAUUUCAGUGUUGGGAGGCUCAUCAGCUCUAAGACCGAGGGCCAAGCUGAGUCUGUGUCACUGCAGGAGGAGGAGGAGAAGGCUGAGAUGGAGCAGGGUGAAAACACCUGCAUUACCGUGGCUGCGUCCUCACCUGGGAAUGGGGAUAUGAUAAAUCUAUGUGAAGCAGGGACAAUAGGAGAAGGUGAGGAGAUUGGUGUCAAGACUGACGCUGGAGUGACUGAACACAUGUCUGGGGAAAAAACUGCUGAGUCGGACAAUGGUGCGGGUUCUGAUGCUCAGCUAGGCUGUUCUGAGGACUCAGGCUUGGCCAUGCAGGUGGACCAGCCCCCUGACAGAACAGUACUAGUGCCUUUGCUAGAAAUUCUGUCCAACGGAAACAGUAGCCCACCAACCGACCAGGACCAUGGAUCCGUUUCUACAGGGGAGCAGACGUUCUAUCCGGCUGUCUUUACCACACCUCCUCAGGAUGCUAUUGUGGUGGACAGCACACAACACUGUUGGGCAUUAAAAGACCACAGACUGUAUUGCCUACCUGGAACCUGGGAGGAGGUGGUAAAUGACAAUGAGGAACAUGGGGAGGGGGGAGAGUUGGGGAGUAAAGGUUCUGACGAGACAAAAAGAUGCCAUUCAGACAGACAGUUGGAUGGACAUACUCAGGAUGAAGAGAGCUUGCAGCAGCUUAUUGAGAUUGUCCAUGAAUUUCUGGAGAGUUUCUAUGUGAAGUAUGGAAGUUUCAUUCCUCUCAGCGAGUCAGAUGUUUUGGAGCACUUGAAGAAGACAGGCUAUUGGGACCUCAGCAACAGGCUACUGGACAUACCAGGUGAGGUUAGACGGUACAGGGCAGGGCUGGCCUCUGCUCCAGUUGCAGGCUUUAUGGUGACAUAUAACAAACAAACCCUGAGCCUGGAGGACCUCAGCACACUGGAGGAGCAAAACUGGCUUAAUGACCAGAUUAUCAACAUGUAUGGAGAACUCAUUAUGGCCACACAUCAAAAGGUCCAUUUUUUCAACAGCUUUUUCCACAAGCAGUUGGUUGCCAAGGGUUACGACGGUGUGAAGAGAUGGACUAAGAAAGUGGACCUAUUUUCCAAGCAGCUGUUGUUGGUUCCCAUCCAUCUGGAGAUCCACUGGUCCCUCAUCACUGUUGAGAUCGCAACAAAAACCAUUAGUUACUAUGACAGCCAGGGCAUUGUCAUCAGAUACAACAUAGAUAGCAUUCAGAAGUACCUAGAGUCUGAGGCCAGAGAGAAGAAACAGACAGCCUACCAGAAAGGCUGGAAGAUGGUUUCCAUCAAGGGCAUUCCUCAGCAGAAAAAUGAUAGUGACUGCGGAGUGUUUGUCUUGGAGUAUUGCCGCCGUCUCUCAGUGAAGCAGCCUAUGCAAUUCAGCCAAGAGGACAUGCCUCGUAUCCGCAAGAGGAUCUACAAGGAACUGUGUGACUGUUGCCUCAAUGACUGAUAGCUUGAUUAAUGUCUACCUGAUGCCCUGAACUCUGAGUGACCACCUGGCAUAGGCAGGGCAUUGACAGUCUGUCCAACACUGUCUGACCGCAUGUUCUAGAGGCAGCUUGCCUCAAGGUAUGCUGACUAGCUGUUACACAAACAACCUUGUCUGACAGCCUGUUUAACUGGCAGCGUGUAACACCAGAAGUCGCCCUUUGUAGAGUACCUGUUCGACCAACUGACCAACUCCAGAGUGGCUGGUCUCAGGCGGAAAUCCUAACAGGCUUUAGGAGGCCCGUUUUCUACAUAAAAUACAACACCCUAAAAAAAAAAAAACUACUGACAUGGCCCUCUACCAACUCUGAGUGCUGAACCGAUUCAGUUUCCCGAGGUCAUUGGUUCACUUUUAUUUGCCACAUUUGGCAUCCCCGUUGGAAUCGAACCAAAUGCUUCCAAGGAGAGGUGACGUGUGGGUGCUAUGGAAUGACUGCAGAUGGGAUGCUAUUUGAAAGCCAAGUGCAAAGUUUGUUCCGGCCCACUCAAGCUCAGAUAGUUGUACAAGAACAUCCUGCUGGCCCAUACUAAUAAAACAGUGACUGUCCUGCUUUCUGACCUUGUAAAUGGGGGGCAUUUUAAAUAGACCUUACCUGAGUGGAAGACUCACCUUCUGGAUUAUCGUUGACCAUUGAAAACAAACGUUGUUUGUAAAUGGAGUGGUCUAUGCCUCAAGUGGGCCACUUUCAAACAAGUGACGUGCUGGUUUGUUUUUAGCUACUGCUGGACUUAACUAAGCCAGAAGUUGCAUGCAUAUGCAGUAUUGCGUAUUGCAGCUAUGCCUUUUUCUUUUUUUUUUUUAAUAUAUUUUCUUUCAAUCAGUGGACCAACUCUUCACUUUUAACUUGAAGGUUUGGAUUGUUUUGAUCUGUUGACCUGCGGUUUGCUGGUCUAGAGCUCAAGUGUUCUCAGUUUGAAUUGAAUGUACCGACCACAGAUUCCUCCUGGCUACCUUGCAGGUAGCAGUGAGACUGACAGCGUACAAGCCACAAGUCAAUAGCACUUAGGCAUGUGCUCCAACCGGACAAGAUUUUCCAGUUGUUUGUCAUCAGAGCUUUGGCGGCUGGGGUUUGCGUCUUUUCCCAUUAGGUUCAUUUCAGUAUUUGUAUUUUGCUAUUUCCUGUUUUCUUCAAAUCAAGUCCAGUUUUGCACAAGCACUCAAACCUUUUUUUCUGUUAAAAAAAAAGUUUCCCAUUUUGGUCAAUAAGUUAUGUUUGGCUGCAAAGCUAGCUGCUGAUGUGAAGCAUUUGAGCAAAUUACUGUAGAGCGUACUGUAAAGGUCUGUUGCAUCAUGUGGUUACAAUUACAUACAAGUAGAAAGUGUUUUUUUUUCAGUGUCACAGCUUACUUUUUCUUUUGCCCCCCCCCCACAAUUGUACCAGUCUGCAGCCCUGCCAAUCCCGGGAGGGCUGCAGACUACCACAUGUCGCCUCUGAUACAUGUGGAGUCAUCAGCCGCUUCUUGUCACCUGUCAGCGAGGAGUUUCAUCAGGGGGACGUAGCGUGUAGGAGGAUCC